AUGUCGACCUCCCCGUCACCUCACACGCCCAUCACAGCUCCCCCACCACCAGACGUCUCAGACAAGGCCUGGAGAAUCAUGUGGGCUUUCCUCAUCGGUUUGCUCUUGACGGCGAUCUUCUUUCGCUCCGUCCUUCCACGGCUGCCUCGCAUCCUCUUUCGUGGCAAGCUGCGUAUCAACAGGGCCGGUCUGCGCGGUAUUCGUGGCAUCGAGUACCGCUCCAAAGGAUUCCACAAUGAUUCUGCCGCCUUCUCACGGAACGAGAACCAGCUCGAAGUCAAGAUUCAGCGGAUCUACGCUACGAUUCACCUGCCCUACUUCCUCCGUAAGGCCGAGGAGAAGCCAAAAGUAGUGCCGCGCAAGAGCGGCGCCAUCAUCACGCUUCAUGUUCAGGGCGUCGGUGUGCGUCUUCCUCGAUCCCAGCAGCAUCCACACCAAGCCGACAAGGCAUCCACUGCACCAUCUUCCAAAACAACAUCAACAGCAGCCGAUGAUAAUCUCCACAAAGUCUCUGAUGCAAUGACACUCGAGGAGCAGGAAGAACUCCGACUGCAGCGACUCAUGAGCAGCCCUCCCAUGUCACCCUCGCUCGGUAACAAGCGCACCUUUUCCAGCUCCUUUGCAUCUGCCAAUACCAUCUCGACGCAUCGAGAGCAUACCCAGCAGAUGGACGGGACCCAACCACAAGCAUCCUCCAUCUACGAGACGUGUCACCGGGCCAGCCUGCUUUCGAUACACUCGGUGCUGGGUUUUGCGACUUGGCUUCGGUGUGCCGUCGUGCCCUCUCUCAAGGGCAUCGCGCUCAGGGCCUUUCGGGCUGCCCUGUUUAUCCUCACCUCCAGCCUGCCCGUCCUCACAUCGUUCGUCUCCAUCCAGGUGGAUCGCAUCGAAGUUUACAUUCAGGAAGCCGAAGCUGUCGCCCGAAUCGGCCGAGCUGGCCUCACCUUCUCCAUGUCGCCCGACUCUUCUUCCGCCUUCUCAGGUACCCGCGAGACUUCACAGAGCUCCGACGACGCGAUCGCAUCGUCGUCCGCCCAGGAGCCUACCUGGAGCCGCUUCUUCGAAGCGAUGCGCACCAUGCCGACAAGAGUCGGCUCGGGUGCUCGAGACGUCUCUGCGUAUCUCAUUGCCGGCAUGUCUCCGAGCACGAUCGCCGCUCAUCUCCGCAUCGACAGCAUCGACCUCUUCGAAGCCUCUUUCAAACCUGAGCCGACUCGCAGGCCGACAUUUAAGCCAAAGUCGCGGCGAGACCGGGCUGCACCUUCUUCGGGACCAUCGACACCGGUUUCCUCUCAGAAGCGCAAUGGUCGUGAUCUCUUCUCACCAAGUCAGUCGGACGCGGACCUGGAUCUCGCAGCGUCUAGCUACGACGACAGCGUCGACUUUUCGCCCCGUCCCACCCACCCUAGACGAGCUCGCAGCAAUAGCGCAUCUCGCCUUUCCAAAAUGCCUUCGGGCACGCUGCGAGGCUUUGCCGAUCGUUGGGCAGACUGGGCCUUGGAGCCCUUGGUCGAAUCCGACUUUCAUGCCGACUCGGGCUGGUCUCGACAGCACACUGACGAUGGCAUCCCGCUACAGCAGCUUCAAACGAUACCGGCGGCGGCGAGGAUCGCAUCCAUCUCGGGCCUCACCGAGCUGACUGCAACCUUACUCGUGGGCUCGAACCUUGCGCUGGGAGGCGACCGCACCUUGGCCGCCCGGCUCAAGCUUGGGAACAUCUCGGUCGGGCUCGAUGCAGCUCACCGUGCCAUGUGCAUCCUCGAAGAGCGCAAGGCGCGCAGAACCGGAUGGGCACCCACGCAGACAGGACUUCACGACGGACAGCGAUCGGCUCUCUCCAAGCAUCUGGUCCAACAGCGCCCUUCGACCUUUGCCUCAGCACUCUCCAUGGUCUCUUCAGUGGCACUUUCCCUACCAUCAGUCCGCCUCACUGCCUCUUCCGACGCGCUCCUCUCAUCGUUCUCUCAAGGCGCAGAUGUAGAGGGCCAAAACACGGCGGAUGCCCCACUUCCAUCGAGGGAGCUCGGCAUUUGCAUGACUGGCUUGAACGUCGAGCUCAAAGACAGCGAUCCCAAGGACGACCUUCAUCGUCGCUGGAUCGGCACGUGCGGCUUGCCUGCAAAGACGUCGACCAGCAAAGGAACUCGGCCCAAGACAAAGAGCAAAUCUGCCAAUAGGCCUGCCUCGGAGCACAAGGGACCACGAAUGCACGGCGGCACAGCGAUCGAGCAUCGACGCACCUUCCUCGUAGAGCUCAAUCUGGCAAGCUUCGAUGUACGUUGCGGUGCCAGUGGAAGCGGACGUGGCUCGCGGUUGCUCUUCGUCGGCGACGUCUCGGUGGUGGCGAGGUCUUCUUGGACCCCGUUUGGUUUGUUUGCAACGUGCCCCGAAGUGUCUCGCCUUCUAUUGGCAAGCGAUCCAAACGAGCACGCCACCGCGAUAGAGGUGGCCGUUGGCGGAGUCGAGUCCGACAUCUGCAUGGACGACAUCACCGCCAUCCCUCCCAUCACCGAAGAGUUCAGCAGGAGGAGGCAGAUCCAACGCGCCAAGAUCGGCAUCGAGCAGCCUCCUCGGCCAAAGACGGACAUCGAACUGCUUCGGCAGAUCCCGAGAAUCGCUGCUGGCAUUCACGUCGAGCGCGUUUCGCUGGUGCUGGACGCGAGCCAAGGAAAGAUGGAAGAUGGUGCUCAAAGCUCGUCGCAAGGGCAAGCAAGCGCAUCGGAUGAGCAUAGCUCGCGCAAGCUCGUGUUGACGGUGCCCAACGUCGAUUUUGUCUUCUUUGGCGAGUACAAGGACGAGUAUGUCAAGCGGCCUGCAGCCGAGAAGAGAGCUGCGUACAAGGCGCUUAAGGGCGACAGCCUCGAAUGGCCCAUCAGCGGGGCCACCGACCGGGCUGGUACCAAACGAGACGCAGUCGACCAAGGCGAUCAGGCCGCGCUCGGGCUUGAGAAUGGGCAUGUCCCAGCCGAUAGCCAUCCUGCCGAACGAUACACGGAGAGCAAUCUCACCAUGGAAGAGACAUUGAAGCGCAUGAGGGAGAUGGAGCAGCCUCGCCCGCAAUCUAGCGAAGGGGACAAGCCAGACACAGCACGUCGGUCUUCAAUUCGAGACACCAUGUCAAAGACAGGCAAGGUGCGGAUGCCGGGAUAUUCGCGAAAGUCGACUCUGGCAACAGAGACUCGCUUCAGCCUCCGGUACCAAUUCGAGACAUCCCUGCGCGUAGAUGCCGUCGAGUCUUUCUUGUCGCUGAGCUCGGACCCUCAGGACUCGUCCCGAGCCUUCCUUCGACCCCAGUCAACCCAGACCGCUCCCGCCAUCGGAUCGUCGCAGCACCAUCUGCUGGCCCUGCACAGCUUUGAGGUGCUCGGCUCCGGCCGUAUCCCGGGCAUGGCAGAGCCUCGAGGCUCCGCUCUCUGCGUUGAUGUUCCCGUCUUGUCCGCAACGGACACUGUUGCCGAAUUUCGAGCCAGUAUCGAAGACAUCGACAUCGAGGCGUGGCACAUCUCGGCGCUGGAUACCUACGCCGAUAUUGCUGCUGCCAUCAUCCGGGCGAAGGCACCGCAUCAGAAAGACAUAGGAGACUCACACAACGCAGGCAGCGUCGAUGCUGAUUCACACGCAGACCAUGCUAAAUCGAGCCCGGCUGCGGAGACAAAGGUCAAGCCCAAACCCUUGGUCGAGCAAUUGCCCGGAGGCUUGGCGGUCUACCUCUCCGUCGGACGUACCAUCGCUCACCUCGGUGGUCCAGAUCGUCGCAUCGAAGAUAAGAUUGCGCGCGGCGUGGGUCUCGAGGCCGAGCGCAUCGUCAUUGAGUAUGCCGGGGUGGCAGAGACCAAGACCAACUUGGCGGCGCCAAAGACCAACUGGGGCGCGCGCACUGCUCUGGAGCUGUCGGAAGAUCUGCAGUUGCAAGGGCAAUCGCUGGCCGCAAGACAUCCUCGCGUAGCACUGGCGCGCGUCGUCCUGCACCAAGCCGGCAUUUUCCCAAUCCUCGAUGCCGAGUUUGCUACCAAACAGCACACCGAAGGCACUGCAUCGGAAAGCUUCGCACAGGCAAAGGCUGGGCAAGGCGAAGCAUGGCCCAAGGGGGAGGAGACUUUGGAUCGCCCUGCCACGUCCUUGCUCGCCGAGAACGUCUGGACCUUCAAGAAGGACGAUGCGCGUGUCCAUGCAUCCAAGCAGCAUCGUCCCAGGUUCCGCCAGCAGGAUCGAAGCAACUUUAUCUUCUUCACGCCGUAUGCUGCAUGCAAAGCGGUCGUGCGUCCUCCUCAGUCUGAGGACAAGGCGCCAUCAACGGGCACGAGCGAAGACGAGGUCUUGAUUACGAGCGAGCACACCAAGCUCGUUUCGUUCAACAUCGACCUUCUCCACACCUACUGCUUCCUCUUGGCCUUCUCCACCUUCAAGCACCUCGCACUUCGAGCCAAGGGCGGCGUGGACACCAGCGCGAAGGACGAAUCAUCUCACAAAACAGGAUCCAAACAGUCCGAGCCAUCGAACUCGAAGCAUCCCAAGCCGAGCGUCUCUUGUCGAUUCGACAUCAACGAAGUGCAUACCUUCGUGAUGCUGCCGAGGUCAACACGUAUCUUCAUGCGAAUUCGAAGGCUUGAAGUGCGUCAAGAUCCGCGAAAUGGCCUGUCGGUGUCUACAGAGUCCAUCAUGGGCGCGGUGGAGAGUCCCAAGCAUGUGACUGGCAACGUCUGGGAAGAAGCCGUGCGUUUGCGAGACUGGAGAUGCACAAUGCCUCCAAAGGUCCCGGACCAGAAGCCAAGCAUCCUUGUCAGUGGGGACGCAGCACUCAUCCGCAUUCCCUACGGGUACCUCGUGUAUUCCAUCAUCGACAACACCUCUGUGGCGAUCAAGGCGACCAAGCAGCUCUUCUAUCAAUUCCUUUUGGACAAGGACGAUUCGGCUAUCGCACCAGUGGCGGAGGACCCGAAGCUGCUCCCCAACAUCACCUUCAAAGUGCGGGUGUUGACGAUCGAAGCCGAAGACGAUCCAUUUGAGACCAAGCUCAAUCUCAUCUGGCGUGCAGGGCUAGCUGAGAACGCCGCCCGCGACGAGAGGGAAGCCGCUUUCGCUGCCAAGGCCGAAGCGAUCGGAGCAUCCAGGAUGCCGCAGGGCAGCACGUCGUUCCGUUCGAGCCGAAGCGAUGGCAGCGCCAUGUCAGCAGCUUCAUCCAUCCGAAGCUUCGACGAUGAUGAUGACAGCUACUCCAGUACGACCUCACACGACGCUCGCUCCACUAAGUCGAAGCAUCAGCACGUCAGCCUCGCACAAGCCAGGAUCGCUUUGAACGCCUUCAACUCCUCCAGCUGGGUUCGAAGAUACCUCAACGCCCAGUCGGAGCAGUCGCGUCGUCAAGAGAGACUGCGGAAGACCACCUACGGACGCUUUCACAUGUCGAGGAGCUUUGACGAGCUUCCGGUCAGAGUCUUGCCCAUCGGGAAAGCAGCGCCACUGUUGCGUUCCACGAUGUACCGGGUGGCUCUGCAAGUCGGCCAAGCUCACUUUCCCAUCGACGAAUUGCGCGACUUCAUCCACGAGAAAGGAGCCGGCGUGCCCAAGGAUACUCCCUACUCGCUCGUCAUUCCUUUGCACGUUAAGUGGGAGAUGGGAGAGUGGCGCGUCAACCUGCGCGACUACCCGAUGCCGUUGCUCCACGUUCCACCGACGCAUCGCGCUGAGAGCGACACUCGAAAGGCUUGGUGCUUUGAAGGCGACAUUGUCAUCGCAGAGCAGCUGGGAGGGCCCGAGUCAAUCCGACACGUGCCAGCCGUCAUCGUUCCAGCAGCCACGGGUCGGUCUGACGCAGUCGAAUACGGAAUCAUCAUCCCAAAGGUGGCUAUGUCCGUCAAGGCAUACGGCACACCGACGAUCAGGCUGCGGACGCCAUAUCCGACACGUGUCGUGUGGGGCCAGUCGAUCCAGCCUACGAUCCAGGAUGUGAUGCGGGUCAUCGACGCGAUCACGCCGCCUCCGCACGAUCCGUCGCCCAAACUCGGCUUCUGGGACAAAUUGCCACUGAUCCUUCACGGACACGUCAAUCUCAAAUUCGAGGAUGAAGGCGGCUUCAACUUCCAUAUGAAGGGCAGUCGCGAUCCAUACAGCAUCGAAGGUCACGGUGCCGGUUGGGUCAAGUCCUGGAAAGGCGGUGUGGAGAUCCGUCUCGGCUACGACAACCCAGAGAAGGAGUUCUUCCAGAUCCUGAGUCACGAGUACGUGCUUGCGAUCCCAGAUCUGUGCGACUACGUCGAUCACGCAGCCACGGGUAUGCAAGACGAUAGCGAACAUUUAUCCGAACAGCGACAGCAGUCGCACGAUCACGACGCCGACGGCAGCUUUCACGAGUCGGAGGAUCGCAAAUCGGUGAAUGCGUCCUUCACGUCGAGCAUGUACCGAUACAUGAAGGACCCCACGUUCCGCAAGGUCGUCAUCAAACUCACGAACGGCGUUCGCUGGGGAGCGGGUCUGCGCGGAGAACGCACCUGCGACGACGAUACGUGUUCACGCCAGCACAAGUGCAAAGGGGAACCCUUCUACCGUGAAUGUCGCUAUUUCGAUCGCAUCAAGCAUUGGGAUGUGAUCCCGAAGACGCAUGAAUACUUUGACUCCAUCCCCGAAGAUGAGCGACGUGAUUCCUUCGGUGGCUGGCGGUCGCACCACCUUCAUUUUGCCAUCUCGGUGUUCUCGCCCAAGAACGGCCUUCCCGGCUACAGUCGCAAACGAAAGGACGCGAACUGCGAUGCGCAGAACAAUUUCUACUUCUCUCCGCUGGCAUGGGAGCACUUCUGGGCCUGGAUGAGACUGUUUAGUAGCGCUAUGAGUCUGCCCAUUCGUGCCGGCAGCCUCUUCCCCGACAGCCCGCCUCCUUCGCCCAAAUUUGGUCGCUUCUUGGGGACCAUCAAGUACAGGAUCGACCUCGCGCCUCUGUUCAUCGCACAUCAGUACCGGCAAUUCAGCAAGGAGGAGUUUUCGAGGGGCUAUCGCACCCACGUCGGCGUCAAGGCUCGUUGCGAUUCCUUCACGCUCGACAUGCAUCAACGUCAGCAGGAGACAGUCAAGGAGCGCCCCGAACUCGGCGAGCCUCGCAUUGUCUUCCACAAGCCCUUCUACGAGGCGGAGAUGACAUGCGACGAGAUCGACCUCCGAGCUAUGGCUGCUCGCUUACGCGACGAGACUGGCAUGCCCGAAGCUGCCGAGGAUCAAGAGAUUGGCGAAGACGCCUUUGACGAAAUCUUUGCAGAGGAUUCCAUCGUGUCGGACGAUGAGCUGGUCUGGAUCGACAUGAACGAUUUCGUUGAGAUUGACUCGGCGGCCAUUAAGGAGGAUUCGCCUCAGGUUCGAUUGUUCCCAGCUUUGGUGUGCCCGCAGUUCAACUACUACCGCAAGAAGGAUUCCGAGCUGGAGCACAUUGCAGGUGAGAAGGAACACAUCAUCAGAGAGGAGGGCAAACGUCGCAGCGAUGACUCGCAGGAUCGCGAGAGUAUCCUUCGCAGACUCGAACGCAGCAAAUUUGGUAACGAGCAUACGCACACGUGCAUGGUCGGCAAAAACGACAGGCCUUACGACAUCCAGCGCAGGCUCGCACAAGACCGACUGCAGGUCAUCCGUAGCCAGAUCGAUCAUGUCUUGAAGUCGAGCGACCGCGACGUUUCCGAUUCCGAGACAGAGUCGGAGAGCUCUCAUGGCCACCAGAACCGCCUCGACAACCUACACAGUCGUGAAAGGAUCCUCAGUAGCUUCAUCUCGCACAUCGGACGUAUUCAGGAGCACACCGACCGUGCUGAGCGGCACCGAAGGGCGGGUCAGCCCAGUCCGAAGAUGUCAUCAUCGCCAAACGACCGCAACUUCCAGCUGAGCGCUGCCGACCUCGCCUCGCUCUACCACGAUCUCGGCAUGUUCGACAAUCGCUACGUGGCUCACAAUCCCACGCUCUUCUUCAGCAACGUCACCCGUUCCCUCCUGCUGAAGUACUACUACAGCUCGCGCCUGAGGCGAGGUUACGCGCACCACAUGACGGCGACGGCCGUCAGAUACAUCCGAGACCUGUUCAAGAAGAAGGACAAGGGCGGUCGCGAAUCGGACAGCUCCAAGCCGCGGCACGUCAGCUACAUGGGUCGUGCCCCGCAGCAAUCGACGCCCGGUGCGGAGGCUGCAGAGGGCCUGGACAUCCUGCACGAGAUGCUCGAGGACACCGUCAAUCACAUGUUCGGCAAGAACGGAUACAGCACGUCAGGCUGGGGCUGUCAGCCCGAGGCCGAUGGCAUCGAUGCGUCCGACGGUCAGAUCCGGCCCGACGACGGCAUCUCGGACGACUUCAAUGUUGUCAAGAGCAACGUCCUGUUGCUGUUGAAGCCCCAAGUGGUGUUGCGCAGUGAGAUCGAUGACAAUUCCACCGUCAUCGUUUCGGCGCUCCGCACGCGACUUCAAAAUUACACAGUGCGGGAUGAGAGCUGUGCGGAAGACUCUGUCAACGCCGUCGUCCUCCGGCGAAAUUUCUUCGCCCUUGACAAUCUGCAAUGCUUCCAUCCGAACGCGAGCGCGCAGAGCAAGGUCAAGAAGCACGCCUUUGUGUCUCUUCCGCUCGAGGCGCUCAUCGACAUGCACGGUCACGGAGGCGACUUCGAGCGCAUCGUGCCGCACACCAACGCCACAAUGUACUACGAUAAGUUCAAUAAGCUCCGCCUUUCGGACUCGUCACGAUCGGUCUCGACGUUCCGGAAGGACGGCAAGCCGGUCCAGGAUCACCUGCAUCACCACAUGGACAUGAUCUUCCUCAAUUGUCCGCGCUUCUCCGUCUCUGCCAACGGUGAGCAUUUUGCAGCCUUGUACAACGUAGUGACGGACCUCAUCCUGUAUCGAGACCCGGCACAUCGCGACCAUGCCAAGAGGCUGGAAGAGAUGAUGUUUAGCUACGACUUUACGGACGUCUCUGGCCUAGCCGACAUUGUGACGGAGCUCCAGGUUCGCAUUCGCGAGGCCCGCUCGCUGGUUGACCAGUACAUGCUCGUAGCGCAUCGUCUCAACGAGCGCGGCAGGGCGGAAUUCGUGGGGUUGCUCGGCGAAAUGGUGGAACUGGUGGAAGAGCUGAACCUGAUCAUGGACGCCAUCACCACAUCACAGGACAGCAAAGGCGGUGCGGACCGUGAGAAGAAGUCGGCUCUGCGCUUUAUGGCACAGGCGCAGGAGGUGGCGUGGAACAUGAUCGGCGACGAGGCCGGGCAGCUGGUGGCCAAGUUGGCUCUGCGCGGCAUCAGCUUCUCCUGGCUCAACAAGGCAGACAAUUCUGCGGCCAACACAGUUUCAAUUCGAGACUUGCAAGCGCUGAACGUCGAUCCCAACGCGAUGUUUGCCGAGAUCAUCACCAAGCAUACGCGACAUCAAGAUCACCCGAUGGCCAGAGAAGGGCGAUUCCUCGAUGCAAUGUGGAGCGUGCUGCCUCCUGUGGGAGGUAUCUCGAUCGUCGACACGUUCGAGUUCAACCUGCAUCCGGUCAAGAUCCAGAUCGAGCUCAAGGUGGGCCGCAAGAUCACGGACUAUAUCUUUGGCACCAAGCGGCAACGCGAAAAGCAGGAGGAGGAGCAGAAGCGCAUCGAGGACGCUGCCAACCGCCCGUCCAACACGGUCGCCAAGAAGAAGUCCCCCUUGGCACGAUUGCUCGGCGGUCGCAAGCAGAACUCUUCGUCGGCGGGUGGAUCUUCCGACGGAUCACGGAGGGACAGCAUGAACGCGAGCGCGCAAAGCUUGUCCACCACUGCGCCGCCUUCUCGCAGCGCAUCCACUAACGAUUUGAUGUCCACGGGCCGUGAGUCCUCCGAUGGCUCGAGGGAGGACGACGGCGACAGUAAUUCAGGUCGCGCUCCUCCGAAAGCCAUGACGGCGAACACGCUUAAGGGUAAAAACUCGCCCAAGUCUCGACCGGGUACGCCGAGCAGUGGUAAGGACCUCGGCACCGGCGACCAGCGCUCUACCGACCAGUAUGCCAUUGCGCAACGCAACGCUGCCGAGAUGCGAUCUCGAGCAUCUGCCUACCGCACUUUCGUCUACGUCAAGAUCUCGCAGACCAUCUUUUGCCUCUCAUACAAGGGCGAGAAGCAGAAGUCGAUCACGGAUCUUUACGACCUCGUCUUCCGGUCUCCCACCUUCGAGUACCACAACAGCACGUUUGGCUACGUUGACCUCGCGGACAACUUCAAAAAGGACGUGCUGAAGGCGGCGUGGAACCAGAAAUCGACCUUGUUGCGGGACAUCAUCACGCACCGACCCAACAGGAAGCGCAAUGCGAUCGAGAGCAUCCGUGCAAUCCGACAGGCCUCGCGCGCCAGAGACGCGCGGACACCGCUCGAUGUCACUGUCGAGCCACCGACGCCCAACGGUCGAUCAUCGUUCGAUGGCAGCAGCAGCCAUCUGGCCGACUCUCCAACGGACACUUUCAGCUAUCGCGGCAGUGAAGAGCAUCGAGACGACGACGAGGAUUCCGGCUACGGCGAUGUCUACGACGACGACGAGGUGCUUCGCACGGAUAGUCCCGACAGUCACAGCGAGGACGGGCUGGGCCACGACGGUAGCCGCAACGGCGCAGGCCAAACCCUCGCCGGUCAGAUCCGCGACGCUUGGGGGCGAAGCAACAGCAACGAAGCCGCGUCGCAGCCCGUCUCCAACCAUUCAGGCUCGUCAGGCGAAGUAGACGACCUCUUGACUCCGCAGCAGGAGAACCAGCCACGCCGCUUCCCCUCGCUCGGCCGGUCUUCGCGCACGCCCACCUCCGAAGGUCCCCCCGCGCGCAGCCCCUCCCCCUCGUCCUCCGGCGUCGUGCCGUUCAAGCUGAACAAGCUCAUCCCAAAAUCUCUGCGGCAGCGCACCGGCAGCGCUUCCGGAGCGAGUGGAAGCGGUGAAAGUGGAGCAAGGCGGAACAGCUACCAUGCGACCAGUCCGCUGCACGAGGCGGGGCUGGCGAGGAACAAUGGCGAGAGAGCGACCAGUGGCGAGUUUGGUACGAGGCAGCAGAAAUGA